AUGAUCAAUUUGUACUUUAAAAAUGGAGCCAUACUUUUAUAUAACGUUAAUGAUUGGUCAACGCUACGGGAACAAUUCAGAAUUGUUGGAGAAAUCGUUGGAAAUUCGCUACAAGUGCCAUCAUUACCCAUAAAAAUUUCACCAGAAGAAGCCUGUUUAUUGGUUGACAAAAACAUAGUGACCAUUCAGGAAUCCCCAAAAGAAAUUACAAAGACUGAUGCAGAAAAACGAAAGUUAGAACAAUACGAAACAGAAUUACUGGAUGCACAAACUAUGGAGUAUAAGCGAGCUAGGAGAGAUCAACUUGAGACUGUAGCAGAUCAAAUAAUGGUUAAACAAAACAAUGAUAAGACUAGAGAAGAAAUUAUUAGCGAAGAACUUGCAAAACUUACUGCAGUGACUAGAGAUAAUAUGAUUUGGCCUACAAAUCUUUCAGCAUCGACAAGUGCUUAUGAAAAUUUAAAACCUGUUGAUAUAAAUGAUAUUUUAAAACUAACAACCCCAGUCAAAAAAGCUGUCUAUUCAGAUUUAUGGCACAAAGGUUACUAUGUUACACAAGGAGAUAAGUUUGGCGGUCACUUUUUAGCUUAUGCUGGGGACCCAGUCUGUCAUCAUGCUUUGUUUAUAGUGCGUUGUAAAGAUGAAUCAGAACGUAUUUUUUCCAUGGAUUUAAUCGGAUUUGGUAGACUUGGAUCAUCUGUGAAGAAAAAAAGUGUUUGGGCAUCUCUGCAAGAUAACAAAGUUUCUUACAUUAGCAUGUCUUGGUUGGCUUGA